AUGAGCGCCAAUAAAAUUUUUCUGCGCUAUUAUCCACCAGGCUUGGCCUUAAGUUAUCGAUCACCUAAGGGCGGUGAACGGCUGCGUCACUUCGAUUUGCUUGACUUGGAUGCCAAAACAAAUGUGGAGCAACUGGCGGAUAGAAUUUUGUUCGAGGAACUACAGGUGAGGGAGUCAGAGGAAGGUGCAAGCGAUGCCUGCACAUCAAAUGCUCCAUUGUGUCUGCCCGCCAACUGCAAGGCUUCCAGCUCCCAGAACAUGUUCAGCGCCCUGAAACAAGCAAUUGAGAAGUUGCAAGCGAAGCUACGGGAACCGGUCAAAAAAAAGUUCUAUCUGCACAAAUGCUACAACUCGCACAUUCUGCCGCUGACCAACGUGUGCUUUGAUCGCAGCGGUGAGCGGUGCUUGACAGGCAGCUACGACCGCACCUGCCAUGUGAUCAACACCAGCACCGGCCUAGUGCAGCACAUGCUCCACGGCCAUGACAAUGUAGUCUUCUCUGUGGGCUUCAACACGCCGCGCUGGUAAGUCUGAGAGUAUGUUAGACAAUGUAUAACGCUUGGCCUGUUCAGUGACAAGAUCAUUACGGGCUCCUUUGAUGGCACCGCCAAGAUUUGGUCAGCAAGCACUGGCCAGUGCCAGAGCACGCUGUAUGGCCAUACAGCGGAGGUGGUGGCUGCCGAAUUUAAUCCAGCGCACGACCAAGACGUUGCAACGGCCUCCAUUGACGGCAAGGCACGCAUCUUCGAUGCGGAAACGGCGCAGGAGCUACAACAGCUGAAUCACCACGGCGCCGAGGUGAUAGCGGCACGCUACUCUCGCGACGGCCAGAUGCUGUUGACUGGCUCUUUUGACCACACAGCUGCCAUUUGGGACACACGCAGCAAGAGCUGCUGCCAUCAGCUGCGUGGACACACUGCAGAGUUGUCGAACUGUGUGUGGAAUUUCAGCAGCUCGCUGAUUGCUACCGGCAGCCUGGACCGCACCGCACGCAUCUGGGAUGUGCGUCGCCUGGACCAGGAGUUGCAUUUGGUAUCGACGCACAGCGACGAAGUGCUUGACCUGAGCUUUGACGCGGCCGGCAAACAGUUGGCCACCUGCAGUAGCGACUGCACGGCGCGCGUCUGGAGCUUGGAGCCGUUCGAGAUGCUGUCGCUGAUGGCCGGCCACAGCGACGAGGUGAACAAGGUGUGCUUCAGUCCCAGUGGCUGCAUGCUACUUACCGCCUCGGCGGACAACACCGCACGCCUAUGGCUCACCGAGACGGGCCAGUGCUCCCAGGUGCUGACUGGCCAUGAGUCGGAGGUGUUCAGCUGCGCCUACAGCUACGCAGGCGACGCAAUAUUAACUGCCUCCAAGGACAACACCUGUCGCGUUUGGAGGUGAUACGACUGGUACACUGUGCAGU